CCCCUCCAAAUCAUGUGAUUCAGGUGUUCCAAUCCCCUCCCAAACAUGUGAUUCAGGUGUUUCCAAUCCCCUCCAUAUCAUGUGAUUCAGGUGUUCCAAUCCCCUCCCAAUCAUGUGAUUCAGGUGUUCCAAUCCCCUCCCAAUCGUGAUUCAAAUGUUCCAAUCCCCUCCCAAUCAUGUGACUCAGGUGUUCCAAUCCCCUCCAUAUCAUGUGAUUCAGGUGUUCCAAUCCCCUCCAUAUCAUGUGAUUCAGGUGCUCCAAUCCCCUCCAUGGACACAGGUGUAUACAAUCAAGCCCCUAGGCAUGCAGACGGCUUCUACAAACAUUGGUGAAAGAAUGGGUCGCUCUCAGGAGCUUAGUGACUCCAAGCGUGGUCCCGUGAUAGGUGGCCACCUGGGCAAUAAGUCCAUCCGUGACAUUUCCUGGCUACUAAAUAUUCCACGCUCAACUGUUAGUGGGAUUAUAACAAAGUGGAAGCAACUGGGAACAACAGCCACUUAGCCACCAAGUGGUAGGCCACGUCACAUGACAGGGCGGGGUCAGCGCAUGCUGAAGCGCACAGUGCGCAGAAGUCGCCAACUGUCUGCAGAGUCAAUAGCUAAAGACCUCCAAACUUGGUGUGGCCUUCAGAUGAGCCCAAAACAGUGCGUAGAGAGCUCCGUGGAAUGGGUUUCCAUGGCCGAGCAGCUUCAUCCAAG